AGACGCAUUUUGAAAAACCAGAAUAUGAGGGAAAUAAAAGAAUGUGGAGCUUGAAAAUAGCUCAUCUUGUUUAGAACUAUUUUGUGUUGAACACGGCGCCAAAAUACUCAGCCAGCUCUAACCGCAUAACAGGAUGCCGCUUCGUUUUUGCGUUAAACCGAAAGGGUGACCUAGAUAGCCCUUGUCGUUACGACGGAUGAACAACAAACAUAAAUACGCGGAAUGAACUUUGCCGGAAAAGACCUAAUGCCUAUGAUGUAAUAAGCAAUUGCAUAACAACUGUAUUUUUAGUUUCGUAUCGUUGGAUAAAGCUUAUGGUGCUAUAAAAACAGAUUCCACAGUUUUAUGACACGGCCGUCCGGCUUUAUAUAAGUAAAAGAGAUGAAAGCAAAGCAGUCUUGUCCGAAUUUUCCUGAGGUUGAUUUGACUUGGCAGCGUGCUAUUUUGAGGAAACUAGGAGAAAGAAAUUAAUUCGACAACCAGCAUGAAGUCAUCAGAUCAGACAGAUUGCUGAGUUAUUGUUCGUGUUUCAAGCAGGAGAAAAAACGGCCUUGCAAUGAAAAAAAAAAAAAAUUAAAAACACGAAAACUGGCGAUCCUUUUAUAAGCGUCAUUAUGGCGAGGCCAGACGUCGCUCGAACAUAUGAAGCUCUUGUAAAAAAUCUUUAGAAUCCAUCUUUCCACCUCGAAGAUAUAUUGAAUAAUCAUUGGACAUUAAUCAAAGCAAUGUUAGUAAACAUUUCUAUGCGGUUUUACGUUUGUUACCGCAUGUGGAAGUAAACUGAUACAAAGUAUUUUCCCUGAGGCAAAAUGCAGCAGUUGGUGAAAUUAUUUCGUAAAGGCCAUGUAUAGGUCCCAGGAGAGAUUGUGCCAUGCCAUCCAUGGAGACGCGAAUUUUUUGGCCACAUUGUUGCGUCCAAAAUCUGCUCGUUUUGAUGUUGAUUGAGUGCCUUUCGAGUCACGCGAGACUGUCAGCAGGUCCCGGUUUUCGCGCAUUUUUUGUUCGAACGCAGGCGACACUCUCAUGUGAUCAAAAACCAACCAAUUACAGACAUCUGGCCGUCUUCAAACAAACAACUCCGUACAAACAGCAUGGUGGUGAAUGGAGCGUAGUUUGAGUGGAAGUUCCUUGUCUUUCAGACCUUUCUAAAAGUUGUUUUGUUUUUCAGAAUGCUAAGACAUGUGUCAAGCAUGUGAGGGUGCUGUGUAUUUAACUUCCUCCAUCUGUCCAAAGAUGUAAUUUACAUGUACAGCGCAACUGGUUUUUGACACCGAGAGGUUGGUUGGUAAAUGUUGCGUGGAAAGGUUGUUGUUUAUUUCGACAGUUUGGCUAAAGAUGACGGGACGGUACUUUUUUAACGUCGGCUCCCAGUAUGGAGUACACUGUGGUCAAACACUAAAUAGACAAUGCAUUCUCUAAGGCGACGUUUGAGCCAGAGACGGCAAAAGACGGAUGCUGAAGUUCCUGUCAACGAGUCAUGUCCGAGUGAAAGUGUCGAAGAAGCUUCGCUGUCGCAAGCAACUGCGCUUUUACCGCAGACAGAAAGUCGAACGGUGGAAGAUUACAGCUCGGGUGAACUUCAUUUCAUCGUAGACUAUGUGGGGUCGGCACAGAUUUCCGAAGCGAAGUCCACAACGCGAAUGAUGGAGACACUGAAAAGGAUAAAAAAGCAGCAGAUACGAAGUAUACGAGUCAACUUCACAAUACGCGACGGGAUUCUUCUUGUGUCCAGCGUGGACUCUAACUCGUUAAUCCUCACAGCACCACUUUAUGCUAUUGCUUUGUGUGCCCAAGAACAGCUUCGGGGAUUUGAUAGUACGUUUGGGUUGAAUAUCACUCGGAAGAAAACCCACAUGUGUCACGUAUUUCAAGCUGGUUCGCAACUCGAGGCCUCUAGUAUUGUGAGGACUGUGGCACUGGCCUUUAAAGCUAUUGGUAAAUUAACCAGGGAGAGAGUUGAAAGGGAAACUCGGCGGGCAAGAAGAACCCAUUCAAUUAGCAGUUCUGAGCGAACCCGUACAAACUCUGAAGUUUCAACAACUUCGACAAUUGGUAGUUCAUCUGUGGAGAGAAGGCAUCCUCAUGUGCAGUGGAAACAUGGCAUAGAAGGUUCUUCUGGUCGCAGAUCUCCUCAUGGGAAGAAAUUUACCAAAAGUACGACCAGUCCAUCUAUUCUUCGUCAUCCAACCAGCUCACACACCUCUGGACGGCAUGUUGAGUUCUCCGCUCUUUCACCGGUUCCUUCAGAUGGGAGUGACAGUGAUGGAAAAGAAGCUGGAAAAAGCCAGGUGAAUCCUGUUUUAGAUGGUCCGAUUUCUGUCCAAGCUGAGGUGCAUGUUUUUCCUUCUUCGCAACAAGAACCCCCAGUUUGGGUUAAAAGAGAUGAGGCAAUUAGAAGGUCCAGUUUACCUACGGUACACAAUGAAGAAACAAUAAAUCCUGACAUGUUGGCAACUGGGCAAGUGAAGAGAUGCCACUCUGUAGAAGAGUUACAGUCUCAAACUCAUUCAGUACCAGUAGUGGCUGACGCUUCUUCCCCUGUGAUUUCACCUCCAAGAGAUCAGAAAGAAAAUGUCUUGAACAAUUUUCCAUCAGAAGGAAAGGAAAGAAAAAACAUAAUAAAAGAGCUAAGAGAAAUCAUGCCAAAGGAGAAAAUUCCAAAAGAACUUGAUCUUGGAAGGAUGGAGAAGGAAAUUGUUACACAGAACUUUCUGACGACAACUCCUCUUCUUCCCAUUGAGCGGUUUCAGAAAGAAGCUCUUAACUCUGUUGAUCGUCUUUCGCCAAAUUUUGCAAAAUAUAAAGGGCACCAGCCUCAAGACACGUCGUUACCCCUGUCUGAUGGUGAAGUUCCAGAGGAUGCUGAAACAGUGCAUAAUGUCAUAUCAGCUGUCGAAAGGGGAGAAACAGCACUCGUUGAAAAGUAUCUGGAUGAUGGAGUAUCGGUGGAUUCGCAUGACACUGCGAGGAGAAGCUUGCUGUAUUAUGCUGUUUCACUGGGCGAUGUAGAAAUGUCACAACUACUUUUGAAGAGGGAAGCAGAUAUAAACUGGGAGGGACCUGAUGACAAGUCUCCUCUACAUGUUGCGGCAACUGCAGGGAACCGAGCUGUUACUCAGUUACUUCUUGGUUAUGGAGCAAAUGUCAGAGCUAAAGAUAACAAUUUUUGUACACCACUUCACAUGUCUGCUGGACAUAGGAGCAAGCUGGAAGUGUCAUUCCUUUUAGUGGAACAUGGAGCAAGAAUCUAUGAGAACAACAUUCAUGGGGUGCGACCAGUCGACUUAGAACCGGAGCUAAAAGAAAUGCAGAGACUUCUAGUUCAGUCAGCCUGUGAGGCUUUUGCAGCUGCAGAUAUCUCCAAGUCCCGGUCAAAUUCUGGAGCAUCCUCUAUCAACCAAAGUUCAACUAACACUUGCAUUAGAUCCAAGUCUACUGUCCAUUCUCCGAAGACAGAGAGAGUAACUGCUCUGCGAAGAGGAUUGUUCCAACACAGACGCUCCUCAAGUCUGUGUUCGAUAUCAGGAGGGCGUGGUAGUCCAGAGGCAUUGAGAGGGAGGUAUUCUAUUAAAAGAUCAGAGAGUAUUCAUCUCUCAAGAACUUUGAGUCCUCUGCUUGCCAAUUCUAAAAGAGGAGGCCUCACACGCUUACAUAGUUUUCAUAAAACCACCCAGGAUCAAGCACAGAGUGUUGAUGUAGGUACAAAUGAGCAAAGGACUUCAGAUGAACAACAGCAAUUAGCUGCUAAACAAACAGACUCAGAAGUAGCAAAUGUCGCAAACUCUGCAGAUAGCACAGGAGCUAAGGAUCUGCCUGUGUUGCCCUGUUCAGAAACUUCAUUGGACCAAAAGGAUGGUCAUGUUCCAUGUGCUAUCAAGGCUGAAACACAGCUAACAAACACAGAGGAGGAAAGAGGAGAAAGUGCUACUGAUUCACAAAUGCCAGUGCAGAGACCGGCAGUGAUUGCGUCUGGCCAAUUUCCAACAGAUGUUGUUAGUCCUGAUUCUCCAGUAAAUCCCUUUGUGUCAUUGCCUGUUGUUGAUGCAUCCUCUGAAUCCAAUGUAUUGUCUCCGAUUAUUCCUAAGAAAAAAUCCAUAGAAGAAAAAAGACAAAUUUCAGACCUCAUCCAGUUUGGUGAAAAUGUAGAACCUGUCGUUAAUAAAUUAGAUAUGGCAGCAGAACCUAAAGAAUCUGUUAGCAAUGUCACACCUUUCAAAGACGUCGAGCUCACUGAAGAAGCCAACCAAACAAAAGGAAUAGAAAGGAGUCUUUCAAAUGUACGUCAACCUAGCAUGGAGUCAGAUCAUUCUGUGAGUUGUCAAAGAAGCACAUCAGAAUGCGAGGAAAGUUCAUUAAUUAGCACAGGCUCCAACUACAUGAGAGAUGAAGACUCAGUCAUUGACGCCCUUGAACCAGUAGUCCUCCUGUCUGGCAAUCCUGAGUGUCACUCUAGUUUACUGGCAUAUCUUUGUCUUCCUAAAGCAUCUGGACAGCUCAUCAGCUUAGCUCACAUGGACUCUGGUUCAACUGUGAUAAACAAUCACAUCGCAGUACUGAUUGGCAAUCUGUUUAAUCUUGAGGGAGCAGAUAGUCGCAAAAGAUCAGUAGAAGCUGGACUCAUUGAGACAGUUUUAAAACUGGUCGACAGUCCAGAACCUGUUCAGAGCACAUGCUUGUCGAUACUUCAGAGUAUCUUGGAUUUCAACAAUGAUCAAGAAUUCUCCACAGCUCUGAAGACUAUUCCCCUGGAACCUCUGCUUAACUUGCUACAGAUCAGUGAUGUGGACAGUGGUGCUUUUGACCUGCGACAGACUGACUCACCACCACCUUAUCCUCUAAGCAACCCAGACAGACCACGACAUCGCAAGAGAAGCACAUGCAGUCAGAGUUCAUAUGAUGAACGUCCCAGAGAGAUGUCUCCCAUUGUAGGUACCAAGGGUUCCAUACAGAGGAACAACUCUGGUGCAUCUGAUGCACGGUCAGAUGUAUGGCAGCCAUAUGGUGGGUAUAUGAUGCAGAAAAAGAACAGCAUCUGCAGCAUGGGAAGCUCAGCAGAUGGCGAUCAUUCAUUUCCACUUUAUAGCCCUGGAUUUGGCCAUAACCAUCUGCCAUUGAUGGACCUGCAUUCCAAAACAAUGCCCAGAGUAGUUGCCACUAAAAUGCUGUCUGCAAGCAGUAUACAUCCAAAGAUGCAAGUGGAACUUGGCAAGACAAGGCCACUUUCUUUACUGCUGGAGACCCUGACUGAUGGUAACCCUGAAAUUGUGAUUUAUUGUGUUGCUACUCUAGCAAACAUUGCCAUGACUGUGGACAAUCACUUGCAGAUUGAAUUGGUUGGGGGUGUAGACGGUCUUAAACAGAUGUUAAGCUAUGGAGAUGCAAGAGUGCGGUAUCAUGCUGCUCGUGGCCUGAUUUAUUUGGGUUGUUUGGAUGUUGGAGGAGUUUAUCUCUUUAAACGUGUACCAGGUGAUGAAAAGCUGGACGUGCUAUUCUCAGAGUCUAGUGGAGAGGAACAUCUAUACGUCAAGGGGGCCAGAAUAGAGAAAAUCGUUGAAAUCAUCACCCACAACCCGUCGCUGCUGUGGGGUGGUUUAACUCUCCCACCGUGGUCUGGACGCACCAAGAAACAUUCCUGGUACAAAGCCAGUAGUCCCGGUCACAAACAGAUGGCCAGUGACGAUCAGAUUGUAGACUUUUUGCUCACAACAUACAAGAGUUAUGUCCAUCCAUCCAUUUUGAUGAGAUUGCUGCUCCACAGAUUUCAUGACCCCUGGUUUGGGAAGUAUUUUGACGGUGAUCCUUCCACUGGUCAAAUGCAAGACUAUAGUCCUUUGCCUGUGUUACACAUCCAUCUGAUGAGACUGUGGACAGCCUGGCUUGAAAAAUACCCUGAGGAGUUUGUAAAUAACCCUGUCAUUGCAUCUGAGCUUAGCGAUGUGAUACUUCCUUUGAGACAAGCUGGUGGCCCUUACCUCCCUUGUGCAGAGAUUUUGGAAGAUCUUAUUCAGAAUCUUGUGGAAAGGGCUUCAAAGAGGCACCAUUUGGAUAGAUUUCAGGCAAAUCAUUGUCACCAUGCAAUUCUUUACGAACAGUGUCAAAAAGCAGUUGUGAGUGGAAGCCUGCCUUGUUCUGUUGAGGAUUCUAUUUACCUGAGCGCACUACAACUAUAUGUUGAGGAUCUGCUGUCAGCGGAAGUGCGAGGGAAGCAACGUUUCUUUCCAUCAUCCAGUAGAGAGAAGUUGUCUGUUUCUCGUAUCAAGUUAAGUUUACAUCCAUCCAUGUACAAGGUGAAGAAUAUGGCAAAGAGAAUCAAAGCCCAGUAUGAACAGUUUGUGAGCAGUGAAAUGUCGGAGAGAAAUGCCAAACACAACUUUAUUGACUACUGUCAGGCAAUGCCAGGUUAUGGAUGCCGCUUCUACAAACUGAAGGAGUGUAUGGGUACAAUUAAUCCCAAGGGGGGUGCGGUCAGGUGCUAUUUUGGUGUCAGUCCCAGGAAGAUCACCAUUAUGGAUGAGAAAACAAAGGCUGUUAUUGGUAGUUGGCCGUCAAAGGAAUUAAAGAGAUGGAGGUCUUUAGCUGACGACACCAAACUGCGUUUGGAAUUCAUUAACAAGACGUUUGAAUUUAUGCUGGAAAACAAAGGUGUUUUCAAGGAGAUCAACGAUGCUCUUCUGCUGUGUACCAAAGUUGAGCUGCAGAUUUUAGCAAGGCAAGAUUUCUCUCCAUGGAGCAAAUACGCUGAGGACAACGAAGUUUGGGGCGCACAGGCCCUGGCCGCUAUGGCAAACAAACCUGCUUUGUACUCUGACAAGUAUGACAGCGACCCAGGAGUAGUGUCCAGACUAAGAGCCAUUUCCUUAGCUUCCUCUGUCCCAGAUCAGUAUGCAGCCAGAGUCAGACGACAGCUGUCCAUUUCAGCUAAGCUUUCAUCCUCGGCGCCUUAUCAGCAGGGUGCGCUUCAACAGAAGGAUGACCGAGGCAAUGCCAUGGCUCUGCAGACUGGUGUCGAGGCUGCCUCGUCCGCUACAGGAGCAGUAUCAUCAGCAAUAUCUUCCGGAAGUCCAGUUCACUUGUCGGUAGAGUCCCACACUUCAGAGGACCUACUUUUGGGCUCCUUACAGAGCACUUUAGACCCUUCAAAGUCCUCCUGGGAACCGAGCUCUCUUUCAACAACCCAGCAAGGAAGAACAUCGAGGGGCAGUGAAACAAGUGUUGACGAAUCUAGUUCGCCUACCGAGCGCCACCUUCUCGACCCAUCUGGCUCCUUCACUGUUGGGCAGGAGCUGAAGCUUUCUGCAUCUUCCGGUCGCAGUCGCAAGUACACACCUGAGAGUAACACCUCCUCUCUGGGGAGUGAUUCCGCCAGUUCAGGACGGACCACACCCACCCACAAAGGACCGUUUAACUCAAUACUUCGCGAUGAUGACGAUUUUGAGAGUGUGAAUCGCUCGUUUGGUCAGAGCACCAAUGGACAGUUGCUAAUUUGUCAAUGCCCUCCGGAUGCCGAGCUGCCUGGGUUUAAUCGUCGAGAUUUCUCGCCAUUUGAUUUGUUGCAACAUCCCAAAGAACUGGCUCGGCAGAUAACACUGAUUGACCAUGAGUGUUUCUGUGCAGUGACUUCAGCUGAUAUCCAGAAGAAGAUUGCUAUGGGAACAGGAAAGAAACGAAAAGUGCCCCCUGAAGAAAGACUCUCUGUAGAGAAAGUAGCCGACAGAUUUAAUCAGCUGAGCACGUGGGUUGCGGCCACUAUUGUCACGGAAAAAUCAGUGGAGAAACGUGCCAAUAUGUUCAUCAACUUCAUCGAAACUGCCAAGUUAUGUCUUGAACUGAGGAACUUUAAUGCGGUAAUGGCCAUUGUGGUGGCGGCUCUGGGCAGUGCACCAGUCAGGAGACUGCAUAAAACAAAAGAGCUUGUUCCUAAGGACUUCCUUGAACAGUAUGCUAAGAUGGAAAUCCUCAUGGAUACAAAGGAUAAUUACAAGAGAUAUCGUCAAGCUCUUGCUUCCUCACCCACUCCGUCAGUUCCUUACUUUGGUAUUUACAUGAAGGAUCUCACUUUCAUCGCUGAAGGAAAUCCUGACUUUUUUAAAGGUGGCCUCAUCAACUUGACCAAACGGAGACAGAUCUACCUCGUUAUUGACGAGAUAAGACGUUUUCAAAAGGACGUUUAUAAUUUCCAGGAGGUCUCCGAGAUUCGUGACUACCUCGCAAACGAGAAGAUUCACACUGAAAAAGAGCUGUACGAUAUCUCGUGCCAGUUCGAACCAGGCCUCCCUCGGCGACACUCUGAAGCCGACAAGUCCUUCUCGUCGCGCCCAGUCCCCCAAUUUAAGUCGAACACCGUCGGUCGCAUGGCAGGGAAAAGGUGCAUGAGCCUGUCCAGGAGUACGACUACCUUGGAAGGCGCUGUCCCGGAUUCGACGUGUUGACGUCAUCGUGACGUCAGUGCAUGACGUCGGAAAAAACAUAAUUUGACGUAAAUAUUUUACGAUAAUAAUAGUGUUGUUUUUGAAAUUGAACGUGAACUUUUGUAUCAAGAAACAGUAAGGAAAACGUCAACCUAACAUUUCAGCGGUUUGUCGUCAUAUUUUGGUACUGUUUCUAUUCAGUGGGAAUUCCCGUAUCACGUUCUCUCCUAGGAAUGUAUCAAUCAAGUUUAUGAAACUUGACUUGUUGUAAAUAUUUUUACCGAGUUGUAACUGUUGUUUAUAAUAGUGUUUUUAUGAACACAAUUUAGCACUGAUUUUUAAUGGUGAAUUCUCAGUUCCGCUAAGACAACAGCACAUGGUUUAUUCUAGUGCGUUCUUUUUCAAUUCUGUUUGAUUUCCUCUCUUGUCUUCGCCCCUUAAUCGGUCUGGUGGAAUAGGUAGUGUAAUAAUGUUAUGUUAGUUGGUUUUUGCCGAGUGCCGUUAAAGUAAAGCCUCGAUCGAUAGAAACAAGGCUGUAAAGGAACUAGAACUCGAAGCCCAAAAUCUGUAAUCAGCACAGUCCAAGUCAAGUAGCUGCAGUGAGGCAUAAUGCGCCAUUUUAAUUCAAUUCCUGUUUAUAAAUUGUGGGAAGGGGGUGGGGG